CCUUAACGGAUCAUCAGUCGACCUUUAAAUUUGAACUAAUCCAGGCGUGUGUCCCAAAGCUCCGCGUACAGAGAAUGAUCAAGAAUAGCACCGAAGUGGUCCAGCUGCUGAGGCAGAUCAACAAACGCCAGCUGGCGAACCUCACCGGCCAGACGAUGUGCCGGUCCGCAAACUUUACCCGGAACCGGUUGGCCUCGACGAUGGCCGGUGGACAAAAUGCCAAGAUGUCGACCGCUGCCAAGCCGGAAUACGCGGUGGACCAGAUCGCGCUCAAGAGCAGUCAGGGUGCACCGACGCAGGCCGUGUUCGAUCGGGAGGACAAGUUCGGAGCGCACAACUACAAGCCGAUUCCGGUGGCGUUGGCACGUGGCGAGGGAGUGUUCGUGUGGGACGUAGAGGGCAAGCGGUAUUACGACUUCCUGAGCGCGUACUCGGCGGUUAGUCAGGGCCACUGCCAUCCGAGGAUCGUCCAGGCGCUGACGGAUCAGGCCAAGACACUGGCGCUGACCUCGAGGGCGUUCUACUCGAAUGUGCUGGGCGAGUACGAGGAGUUCGUGACGAAGCUGUUCGGAUAUGACAAGGUGUUGCCCAUGAACACCGGGAAUGAGGGCGGUGAGACGGCCUGUAAGAUUGCUCGCCAGUGGGGCUACAAGGUGAAGAAGAUUCCGGAGAAUCAGGCCAAGAUCAUCUUCGCCGAGGGUAAUUACUGGGGUGGCACCCUGGCAGCCAUUUCGAUCUCGAGCGAACCGAGUGCAUUCAAGGGAUUCGGGCCGUACAUGCGUGGAUUCGAUGCGAUUCCGUACAACGACACAGCCGCGCUGGAGAAGGCCCUCCAGGAUCCGAACGUGUGCGCCUUCUUCGUGGAACCGAUCCAGGGUGAAGCCGGAGUGGUCGUCCCGGACGAGGGAUACCUGACCAAGGUCCGCGAGCUGUGCACCAAGUACAACGUCCUGUUCAUCGCCGACGAGGUCCAGACCGGACUCGCUCGAACCGGUAAAAUGCUGUGCAUCGACCACGAAGGCGUCCGACCCGACAUGGUCAUCCUCGGAAAAGCCCUCUCCGGUGGAUUCUACCCCGUCUCAGCCAUUCUCGCGAACGACCCCGUCAUGUUGUGCCUCGAACGCGGCACUCACGGAUCAACCUACGGCGGAAACCCGCUCGGCUGCAAGGUCGCCAUGACCGCGCUCCAAGUCCUAAUCGACGAAAAGCUCGCCGAAAACGCAGACCGCAUGGGCAAGAAGCUGCGCGCAUCGCUGGCCGAUCUGCCCAAGGACGUCGUGUCGGUUGUUCGCGGCAAAGGUCUCCUCAACGCGAUCGUGAUCAAUCCCAAGUAUGACGCGUGGGAAGUGUGUCUCCGGUUAAGGAACAACGGACUGCUGGCCAAGUCGACCCACGGAGAUAUUAUCCGGUUUGCGCCGCCGCUCACGAUCACCGAGGAGCAGAUGGACGAGUGUCUGCGGAUCAUCAAGGGAACGAUCAUGUCGUUUGCGCAGGGAUUGUAAGGGGAGGAGAGGUGUUGUUGUUCCGCAUUGCUGUGCAAUACGAGCAAAGUGUAUAAAAUUGAGUAAGCGUGUUUCAAAUGGAUAUCGUACCAUAUUUAGCAUUUAGUUUAAUUGUUGUUGUGGACAAAUGAUCCAAAUUUUAAUAUUCUAAGCUUACCAAAUAAAAGUCUUGAUUGUUUGCCGUUAUAUUCAA